AAGUGAUAACAGCGCUCAUACGUACACUUCACUUUUAUUUCCAAAUUCACUUUAACCCUAGCUAGAAGCCGUCGCACCCAGCGGCACUGUUCAUCACUGCCGAUUGUGAUGACCGUCGCACCAUCCAGCUCGUCUUCAUCUAACCCUCACACCCAGCUCUCUCUCUGUCGCACCCUAGUUGUGUCUCAACGGUCUCUCGCACCAUCAACGCUGCUUUGUCCACGCACCCUCGUUGGAUUCGGAACCCUCCAUCGGCACUGCUCCAUCCAUGCACCCAGAAAUCGGCGAGGAGAAGAGGAAGAGGAAAACCUUAGAGGAGAAGCCCUCCACCGAUUCCGCAAUCGAAGCUUCGGAGAAGAAGAGGAGGUACCACGAGUCAAUUGAAGAGGAGGAACAAGACUCACACACUCUGUGUGAGCUGCAGCCACUACAGCUUUCACCUCCAGAAGGGUCGGUGCUCCGCCUGCGCUUCCCCCAUUUCACGCAAGAUGAAAUUACAAGAAGGUUGAGAAGAUUGGGGAAGGAACCUACGGCGUCAUUUACAAGGCUCAAGACCGCGUUACCAACGAGACCAUCGCUCUCAAGAAGAUUCGCCUUGAGCAGGAGGAUGAAGGCAUUCUUAGCACUGCAAUUCGCGAGAUUUCUCUCCUCAAGGAAAUGCAGCACAGGAAUAUUGUUAGAUAACUGGAACGUGAAGGCCAUCUGCAGAAAGACCACCGGCAUUGGCAGGAUGAGGUACCUCCGUCACGUGCCUUGCCAAUUCAAGAGCAGCUUCAGAGAAGGUACUGAAGCUGCACCAAGGAAGAAGGGAGCAGCUGCAUUUGCAGAGACUAUACAUGGGAAUUGUCAUCAUCUUGGUCAAGCUCUUCUGGAAGAAACCAGAGCAGCAUUACAAGUAUGAACCCAUCUAGGAUGAUCUUGAACUUGGAAGCUCCAAUUUCCCUGUGGUUCUCAUCUAGAUUCCAAUGUUCAAUGAGAAAGAGGUAUACAAGGUGUCAAUUGGUGCAGCUUGUAAUCUUUCGUGGCCUACUGAUUUUCUUGUCAUCCAAGUUCUUGAUGAUUCUACUGAGCCUGCAAUCAAGCAAAUGGUAGAGAUGGAAUGCCAGAGAUGGGAAAGUAAAGGUAUAAACAUAACAUACCAAAUAAGAGAGCACAGAACAGGAUACAAAGCAGGUGCACUUAAAGAAGGUUUAAAGCGUAGCUACGUCAAACACUGAAUAUGUUGCAAUAUUUGAUGCUGAUUUCCGUCCUAAACCUGAUUUCUUGAGAAGAGCCAUUCCCUUCUUGAUUGGCAAUCUUGACAUGGCUCUUGUUCAAGCUUGUUGUAGAUUUGCUGCCUGCUAGUAGUUCUGCCCCCUUGCACAGCUUACAUGGUUUUGGAAAUUUAAGCGAGACUAUCAAGCGUGUGACAGAAAACAAAAGACGGUUGAGCUGACAGGUAGAAUGUGGGCUAGACUUCUUGCAUCUACAAAUCAACCUAGUUUCAUUUCCUCUAAUCUAUAAGGAGUUGUCCAAGGUAUCGAUAGUAUGAAUAUUACCUCGAUUUAGGUUUUCUCAUAUUUAUGAGUAGCAACAGAUCUCUAUUUUAGGUUUCAUUUGUAUGUUAGCUCAAUGCUGUGAAUUUUGAUGAGCUUUCAGAUAACAGGUGAUGCAUUAACAUAUAGUGGUAUUGGCUGUAAUUGGACACUACCACCAUAUGGUUUUCCACUAUUCUUUCUAGUGUGAAAUUCCACUACUUAGUAAUAGCUAUAUGUUGGUUGUAUUUGUUGAAACCUCUAGUAUUCUGAAUUCUGAUGCUAUACCAAGUCUUGAGAGUUAAUAUUAUGUUCAGGUCAGAGGUGACCAGCUAUGGGAGACUAAUGUCUACACAUAUGACUCAGAUCUUGUUGCAGGAACGUAUUAUUAUAAAAAGGGAUCUACUGGUUUUGAUUACUAAGUGACAAAUUUUACAUGCUUGAAAUUAGUACCGAUUUUGUAAUUUGUUACGUUCUCAUGCAUACAGGUUACUGUCGCCCAACAGCUUCUCCACCUACGAUAGCUAUACAAGAGUUGCAUGCAACCAUUCGCGUGCUACAAAUUUGUCCGGAUGUUGUUCAGAAAUUAGAUUAGAUUUUUUCUAAUAUAGAAUUGUAAUUUUUUUUUAAAUGUUUAUUUUGGAAGUUGAAUUUAUUUUUUCUUAAAUGUUUUAUUCAUAUUUUAUCAUGUACAUAAUUCAUAUAAAUCAAUGGAAGAUUAAUUUUUUAGUA